AUGGGAAACCUCUUUACCGAUAAAAUGUCCUCUUCCGACAAGCGCGACAUCCAAAGAAGGCUCGAGCGCGGCAGCAUGCUUCCGCGUAUACCAACAGGCUUUCCAGGAGUCAAUCCAGAAGGUUACCUACAUCACAGAACAUCACGAUCGUCGCAAUCCCGCAGCAGUGUCCCGGUUAGUCCAGGAAGCCAGAAACCUAGGAACGUCGACCGCAUCUUCGAUGGAAGUGACCAUAUCAGCGAUAGCGGUCGCAAAUUUCGCCGUCGACCAAGCAUCGAGGCACGCACAAGAAAGAGCGAUUAUCAUACGCUGCUUGAAGGCGGGAGCCUGUGGAGUGACGAUGAAGUCAUCGAUGAUGUUGACGCGGAUGUGCAAGGACCUGUGCAGUCAGAACUUGUGAAAGAAGAGUCAUCCAACACACAGCGAGUACAACUGGCACCGCCGAUACCAGGUACAGCUGUAGAUGUGCCGAGACAGUCAAUGAUCAGUGUACUAUAUGGCCGUCAGAACCCGGAUUCCUGGUACUUGACACGGCGCUUGGCUAGAUUGCCUGCUGUGAAUGUUCCAGACAACAUCGAUGCGGCUACCCUCCUCAGACGCCGCAACGUCGACGCUGAUGCGGCGGAGCUGCAUCAAAUAUGGCGACGCACUGGCGUUAUUCCAACCCGCUAUCGCGACGUCAACUUCGACUCCGACAGCAUCGAUCCGCAGCAUGCAUGGAUCGCAUGCUGGCCGCUGAUCAACGCAGCGAUACACGGGUACGUGAUAGAAGAUGUCGGAUUCAUUGACCGCGCGAUGGACCUGCUCGAAGAGAAGAUAGUGAAGGGCAUACGACCGGAUAUCGAUACCAUCUCGCACAUCUUUGGCGAAAAGAGACACAACAUGCCGAAAGCUCUAGGCCGCUUUCUAGUCGAUCGAUGGGUUGACAACGCGACGGAAGGGUUCGGCGACGUCGACCCCUCGGACUUGCCGCAGCCAUUCGUCUGUUCGGCGCUUGAGACAGCUAUGCGACGCCUCUCAAGCGACAAAAGGUCGCCACCGCUGCUGAACUGUCAGUACCACACGCAUGCGAAGUCCGAGGAGUGCUACAAGAAGAGAAUUGCACCUGAGGAAGCAAAAAGACAGCAACGCUACAAGUACCGUCGCGAUAAAGCGAGUCGCGAAGCUGAGCAAGUCGCUGCAGAUUCUGUUGAAUGUGGCAUUGUGGUGGUGGAUUGGGAAGGGCGAAGAGUGGAGGAACACAGGAGGCUGCGCGACGAAAGUGAUGCUUCUUUGCCUGCUUUCGAUGACCGGAUCGGAACUGCAGACCAAAUGCACAAGGCAGAUCCUUCCGACGGACUCGAUGUACUGAAAAACACAGACGCGAAUAGCCAGCUCAACGCAAAAUUCUCGUCGUCGUCAAUGUUCGGCACGGCGCAAGCUGCUGGCCCCGUUGGCGAGGUGAAGUUUGCGCCACCAACACGCUCACCACCACCGAUGCCGCCAUCGCCAAACGCACGCGUCGGACGCGAUGACAGCGCUGUUGAAAGCGACCAGACCUAUGGGGCACUCUUGAGGGAUCAGCAAACUCAGUUCUCGUUGUUUGACAGCGCGAUGCAGGCUGUGCAGAUCGAAGGAAAUAGUGAGUCAACCGCGUUGGACGCACCUGCCAUGCCGCGAGACUCAGACGCGAACGCACGGACCGUCUCAGGGGAGAGUCCACGCCGAAGAGAGCACGAAACAUGA